GUCCAGGGUGGCUUACAGUUGCUGCUCUCCUGCAGGCAUUAAGGCAUGAGUGCUAUGACAGUUACCUCUACAAAUGCUUUAAUGGAACAGUUAUAUCUAAAAUAUCAACAAAAACCAUGGACUGAAACUCUGAAACUUGUCCAUUUUUGCAUGGAUAAGCCACUUCGAUGUCCUGUUAGUAAUGAUCCAGAUAGUCCACUGCUCUUGUGCAUGGAGAAGAUACAGAGGAUGUUAAAUGCUAAAUCUUUGUUUUCUGUCAUGAACAGAUUGGAAUCUUUAUCCAGACAAAAAGGGCUUAACUCUCAUGUUAGCCCCAGUGGGACUACUUGCUACAUAACAUCAGACAUGUUUUAUAUUGAAGUGCAACUGGAGAAGGAUGGAAAUGUGAUAGAUGCAAAGUUGGCUCACCUUGGAGAGGCUCCCGUGAUUUGUGAUGACUUGGUGGAGCAUCUAAGGAUGAAGAACUAUGAUGCCGUUGAAAAGAUUCUAGAAAACCUGUCAAAUCUGUAUCAAAUUCGAGGAAACAGUGAAAUGAAGGCUAAGGGAUACCUUGCAUUGCAGUCCCUUGAAAAGGAUCUUUAUUCAAUGUCUCUUCUAGACAGAACACAGGAUGUAAACAGAGUUACUGAAGUACUUCAUGGAAAAGUAGGACACCUGGUGCCAAGAACUGGAGGAACUCCUAUGAACAUUGAAUUUUACAUUUCUCCAUAUCAAAUUCUGGAAGCAGAGCUCAAUCCUGGUUCCCAGGUAUGUGGAGCAAAAAUAGAUGUAACUGUUGAAGGCACAGAUAUGCUCCACAAACUUCCUCUUUCUCCACUACUAGAUUCUCAACCUGGAGAAGACAGCAACCCUGCUUUUUUGCCACUGACUGAUGAACUCAGCAUGGAUUUGUCUGCUUAUUUUCUGUUGAAGUUUCACCAGCCUAUUCCUAUGUCCUCAUCCAGCAUUGAAGAGAUACAGAGACUCACAGGCAUGUUACAAUUAUUUUUAAGACUAAGUGCUUCUGUGACUGCUCACUGCUUACUUACUACAUUAGCGUAUGGAAAUAAAGAGUAAGAACUGGAUGAUGACUUAGGAAGUCUUCUAUCAACCCACGUGUAACAUUUUAGCAGCUGAGGCAAACUUGUUAGCACUUUCUAAAA